GGAUUUUAAUAGGGUUUGAAUCUCCCGGGUUGAGUCUGAGAGUAGUUGGAGCUCCUAGGGUAUGUUAGUACCUUGAAAAAGUAUAGAAGCAGAAUGUACAUGUACCUUUAAUGGGUGAGGUCCUAAACUGUAAAUAUGUAUCGAAGAAAUGUGUUCGAAUUGUGAUCGUAUGGCUACAAUGUGUUAGCUACUGGAUACGGCCUCCAAAGGCGGGGUUCAAACUUUCCAAAUCCUCCUCCCGUGUCAGUGUUAUACUCAAUAUGGAGCCUUGACUAGGACUGCCAUCAGACUGUGGCAUUGAGCUACCAACAAAUGGACUGCUCUGCAUGUAACAAUCUUCGCCAUCCUUCUCAACUUCAAUCGCUACGGGAGCUUGCUUUUUCUUUGCGCCAGCAAUCAGAUAAAUCGCAUGGAUUGUUCCCGGUUUCUUUGCGUUUUGGAUUCGAUGAAACUCAUAUAGCAUUCUAUCAGAUUGUUAACGGAAGGCACUAUAAAGCUCUCAAAUGACAUACUCCUUUGCUGCAUUUACAUGAACCUUGAGCACUCGACUCAGCAGUCGAUAAGUUACCUAAGAAACUUUUAGUUAAAGUGAAGUAAACUCACAAAGAAUUAACUCACUAAUUUAUCCUCUGUCAAUAUACUUGCUGCAAGAUAACUUUUAAAAUCUGCCAUUUUGUUGAAUUUUAUUGUUUCCCCCGAAAGCUGCUGGAGCUGCUAUCUAGAUUUAUUUUCGAGGUUGAGGUCAGGUCGAAAGUCGCGACGCGUCUAACAACCACUUUACGCGAAAUUUCUAGGAUGUCAUCUCAAUACAGAAGAAAGAAUGCGACAGGCAAGACAAUUGUCGCAAAAAAGUCAACAAAAACUCUUAUCGAAGAAGCUAUGAAUAUGAGAGGAACGAAGGAUGAUUCUUUUGAUAUAGCGGACUCGACGGAUUGGUUAGGAACGCCACUUUCUCAAUUCGCAGAUGUCGAUUCUUUAUUACGAUGUCAAGUCUGCAAGGACUUCUUUACAACACCGAUGAUUACUUCUUGCUCGCAUACAUUCUGCUCACUUUGCAUAAGGAGAUGCUUAAAUAAUGACUCGAAAUGUCCGACAUGUAGAUCGAACGACCAAGAAAUUAAGUUGAAACCCAAUGCGGCUAUUGAGGAUUUGGUGGAAGCUUUCAAAAGAGCCAGGCCGGCGGCAUUGGAACUUGCGAGGAGACCUGCCGUAGAAUCUACUGUUACAUCUCCUAAAAGAAAGCGUGAAAUCCUAGAUUUAUGUGGCCUGGAUGAGCAGGUGAAUAAAAAGACGCGAGCUUCUUCUCGGCAAGCCGCGAGGCGACUCGAGAGCGCCGAGGCAGCAGAAGCAUCAAAGGAUGUAAUAGUUAUGGACGAUGGAGAGAACGAUGCCGAUUUUAUACCUGGUGUGUAGCGAUAAAGCAUAUUAUGCUACUUUUGCAAAGACUUACUACUUGACACAGAUGAUGGGUUGACAGCAUGUCCGGUAUGCAAUCGACGAAUGACAGCGAAAAGUGUUGAAGCCCAUAUUGGGAGAUGUCUUGCCGAAUCUGAAGCUCCUGCUCAAUCUACAAGUAUACUAUCGAAAGCUUCAUUUUCAUCUCCUGGGCCAGUCAAACGGCCGGACCGAUUACCUGUCGUGAACUUUAGUUUAAUAAAAGACCAGGCUUUGAAGAAAAAGCUUAUAGACCUAGGAAUAUCUGCUGCUGGCGGAAGGGAGAUGAUGAGGAAGAGAUUAACGGAGUAUACGACUAUAUGGAAUGCCAAUUGCGAUGCAAAACAUCCCAGAGGCACCGCGCAGUUGAAGAGGGACCUUGACUCUUGGGAGAGGACAUUGGGUUCACGAGCCCCACAACCAAGCGCAUUAUCAACCCAUAUCAAGGAUAAAGACUUUGACGGGUUGGCUUGGGGAGAGGAGCACAAGAAUAGCUUCAAUGAAUUGAUCGCUAAAGCUCGUGAGAAGAUUAAAAACAAGUCACCUGAAAUGACCGGAGGGAACUCCUCAGCGUCUACAACAAUUCCUCCAAUACCCAGCCAAGAUUCACAUGGUCUUGUGCCUAGCCAAAAUUUUAUGAAGGAGCAGGAAGACCCGAUCACGGAGAGCCAGGGAGGCCGAGCAAAUAUUGAAAUUAACCCAACACCACUACCGCAAACACUACUAGAGAGCUUGGAAGCUAGCAAUCCACUAUCGCCAGGGCGGUUUUUUACAGCAAGUGUAGAACAAAUACCAGACCACACUAUGGCAGCUAUACCACCAUCACAAGAUGAGAAGGAGCUGCCCUACAAUGCAGACGCAAGAAGUGCUGGAUGACGUUGCUGGUACAAAUUCAAGCACGAAAAGGCCAUUGGAGCCAUUAUAGAUGAAAGUAAUAUAUAAUAUACCCUUCUUAACACCAUGUAGCUUAAUUAUCCGACUCACUUUACAUGGAUACAUAUAUCGGUUUCUGCUUCCAUGUGCAAAAGAUUUGCAGCCAAAAGAGGCGCGGAACACUAUUUCCAUUCAAAUACCACGAAGCAUCUUCUUCGACUCUCAUAUUUCUAGCUCAUUUGACCGCUUCUCU